CCAUCCCCCGGCCGGCCACGCCGAAGCGCGAAGCCUGGAGGGAAAGAAACCGAAGAGACGCGACAGACCAGGGGCCAAAAAAAAAUUUUACACACGGAAAAAACCCACACCCGGCCCGGAGGGAGGGGCGGCUCGAAGCCCAACUUCAAUGCUCCAACCAAGUGUUUAAAAGCUCCCCGAAGAACCCCCCGAAAUCGCUGUUUCCUCGUCUCUCUCCCUCUCUCUUUCUCUCUCCUCCCGAGUCCUGAUUUCCUCUCCCUCUUCUCCCCUUUCCUCGUUUUAGAUCGAUUGUAUCCUCUCGAAAGCUGCUGGAAUUCUAGGAUGGAUGGCGGUGGCGGUACGGGCUUCUUGAUUUCUGGAUUCGAUCGGUUUUCUCGAUUGGAUUUGGUUUUCGAGUGAUUGUUUUCAUCUGCGUAUUGAGAUUAGGUCAAGUGGGAUUGGGAUGACUUGCGAGGAGAAAGAGAGGGGCAUUGGGAAGAAGGGGGAAGGGCCCGCGGACGCUGCAUGCGGACCCAAGGUUAUCAGGAAGGAGAAGAAGAAGAGAAGGCUGAUCCUAAGUGAUUCGGAAUCGGACGAGUUUCUGAUUUGUCCUCGCCGGAAAAUUGAUCACGGAGUUGAUCAGAAUGGAGACAACUCCAGUGUUGGAAAGAAGAAAGAUAAGCGGAUGAAUCAGAAAAACGAGAUUUUGGUGCAUAGAAAGAAGGCUAUGAUGUCUGAUGCUGAGAAACAAAGGGAAGUAGCGGUCACUGAUAAGAAAAGAAUGACCGGUUUAGCUUUAAAGAAAGAGAGGAGAGAAGCAUCUGAUUCUGAAAUCCCUCCGAAAAACAUCAAAAUAGAUUCUUUGAAACGUGGCAGAGAUAAAAUUGAGGUAAUGGGUGAUAAAAAGUUGAAAAUUGAUUCUUCGAAAUGUGGUAAUCAAAGAGGAGAUAUUAGCAUUGGUCGGGCUCUGGGCUCUAGACCAACUUCUCCUGCUGGUAAGGAGUGGGAUGACAUGAAACAAAAACAGACGCUGUCUAAUCUUAUUAAGAGUGGCAAGAUUAGCAAGUCAGAAGCGGAAAAAAUAAGGUGGAAGGAACGUCUGGGUUGUCAAACUCAUCGGAUCUCAAAACAUAAAGGCCAUGCUGCAAAUGCUGACAAGAGACUGGAGGGUGGUAUCUUGCUACAGAAAGGUGUCAGGAUUCAAGGCAAAGGUGGUGUUCUGAGGUUUUUACCAAGUAACAAGAAGGUGUCUGGGCUUGAGAAAGUCCAUAACCAAAGGGGUGGUGAAGAAAGAUCAAAAACUUUAGGGUCCCCUGGCAUUGCUAAACUCCAUAUGACUAUGCAACCUGCCCAUUCUGGAGAGAGAAAAGUUCUGAGAAAAUCAAGUUCCACGGAUGUGCCAAGCAAAAAGCAAUUGAACAAAGGAAAAAUUUCUUCACCAGAGAAAGACAAAGUUUGUGAGCCUAAAUCAGAGCACCAAAUGUUAUCCCCACAAAGAGAAUCGAGUUCCACAGAUACAUCCACGCAAUCUUUCACUUCUGGAGGAAGAAAAGUCCUUAACAAAUCAACUUCCACCAAUGCAAUAGGUAAAAUUCAGUUGAACGAGGAAAAAAUUCCUUCAUCUGAGAAAAACAAACUCCAUGAGUCAAAGUCUGAGCGAAAAAUUGUAUCUCUGCAAAGAGAAUCAGAGAAUUUGGAUGUGUCACAUGGCAAGACUGACCUUGUCAUCAGAGGGGAGAGUAGCUCUAGUUUGAAGACUCCGCUUCUGACCAAGCAGAAUAUGAGUGAAGCAAGUGUAGGUCGUAAUACUGCUAAGCAGAAGAUUAGAGAUCAGAUAAGGAAGAUGCUUUUGAAUGCUGGUUGGAGGAUCGACUUAAGGCCUAGGAAGAACAGAAAGUAUGAAGAUGCUGUUUAUAUAUCUCCCCAAGGGACUGGAUAUUGGUCAAUUACAAAGGCUUAUGAGGUGUUUCAGGAUCAAUUAAAUUGUGCACAUGAUGAUGAAAGCAAGGAUAUGUUUGAAAAGUCAUCUAAUUUGCAUUCUGGGAGCAGUCCCAACUUUGAAGGGACAAGUUUUCAGUCUCCUGCCAUAACGGUGAAGGAACUGAGUAUGUUGAGGAGGAAGGUGGUGAACAAGAGAGGACAUAAAGUGAGGUUUGAAGAAUCUGAAAACAGAGUUGGAGAUAGCACAAACAGAAAGACAAAGGAAACAUCUAAGAUGAGAGACCUCAAUAGACCUUUAAAACAUAAAAUUACAGGACUUAAAGGGAGAAAAAAGUCAAACUGCACUUCAUGCAUUGGUGUCUCCACAGCUCAUAAACAUCUUCAAACAGGAAGAAAUAAACAGAGAGGGUGUGCUCUGUUGGCUCGUGGUGCUAACCAAGAGACAGAGGUUGAGAUUGAUGAUUAUGUUCCAUAUGCCUGGAAACGGACCGUUCUCUCAUGGAUGAUAGAUUUGGGAGUGGUGCCUGAAAAUGGAAAAGUGAAGUACAUGAACAAGAAGAAAACACGAGCAAAGCUACAGGGUUGGAUCACUAGAGAGGGCAUUCGUUGCAGUUGCUGUAGUAAAAUUCUUACUGUAUCAAAGUUUGAGCUUCAUGCUGGUAGCAAACUUCAUCAACCAUACCAAAAUGUAUACGUGGAGGAUUCUGGACUUUCACUGUUGCAGUGUCAGCUAAAUGCAUGGGAAAAACAGGAUGAAUCUGAAAGGCAGGGAUUCUACAAUGUAGAUAUUAAUGAUGAUGAUCCAAAUGAUGAUACCUGUGGCAUCUGUGGAGAUGGUGGUGACUUGAUCUGUUGCGAUGGUUGUCCUUCAACUUUCCACUUGGACUGCUUAGGCAUUGAGAUGCUACCUGCUGGAGAUUGGCACUGUACAAACUGUUCAUGCAGGUUUUGUGGGUUAGUUUCUCCUGCUGUUCAAGAAAGUAGUUUACCUCCUUGUCCAUUACUCUUGUGUGCACAGUGUGGGAAAAAAUAUCAUCAAAAUUGUAUUCCUGAGGCGGAUGCUAUCUCUGUUGGUUCCAAUUAUUCUGAAACUUCAUUUUGUGGGGAGAGCUGCAGAAAGGUGUACAAACAAUUGCACAAGAUUCUGGGUGUCAAGAAUGACUUGGAAGCAGGAUUCUCAUGGAGUAUUAUUCAUCGUUUUGAUGAGGAUACUCAGGAACAGUGUGUGCCACUCCAAUGGGAUGAAUGCAACUCCAAGAUUGCUGUUGCUCUUGCAGUCAUGGAGGAGUGCUUCAUACCCAUCAUAGAUCAGCGGAGCAGCAUCAAUCUUAUUCAUAAUGUUGUGUAUAAUUGUGGGUCAAAUUUCAAUCGGCUGAACUACUGUGGCUUCUAUACUUUUGUUUUGGAGCGAGGGGAUGAAAUAAUCUCAGUAGCAUCUAUCAGAAUCCAUGGAACCAGGCUAGCAGAAAUGCCUUUUAUUGGGACAAGAGAUAUGUAUAGGCGCCAAGGGAUGUGUCGUCGACUUAUAAAUGGAAUUGAGUCGGCUCUCUGCUCUCUCAAUGUUGAAAAACUGGUAAUACCUGCUAUAUCUGAAAUGAAAGACACCUGGACUACUGUUUUUGGCUUUAAGCCUCUUGAAAUUCCACAAGAGAGAGAAGUUAAGUCCACAAAUAUGUUGGUUUUCCCUGGUACUGGUCUGUUACAGAAGCCGUUGGUAAAGAAACAUUCAGUUGAACAACAUAGAACUGCUUAUGUCGCUGACAAGGUUGAAUCUGAUAUGAAACAUCAUCAGAUGCUUGAGGGGGCAAAUGAAUCUCCUGUGCUUUCUAUUCCUAAGACCAACUUCCCUGGUUCUAAUGAUGACCAUUAUGAACAUCAAGUGAAAGAUGUAGGAAUUAGCUCCCCUAGUUUUGGUGGUUGUAUAGACUCUACUUCUAAAGUGUCACCUGUAUCUUCCGAUGCUUAUGGAUCUGAAGUUCAAACUCCAAAAUACAAAUCUUCAGAGACCACAGAUUUUGUAGACUUGCAUACUCACCCCGAUUCUUUCUAUCAAGAUGAUCCUGUGGCUGAAGCUCAAUCUCAAGAGAAUUUUUCAAUGGAACCAAACACUGGUUUACAUUCUAAGGUUACGAUGGAUGAUAAUCAUGAAGUCAAGAUUGUAAAUGCUGCUAUGGUACCAAAGCUGCAUGAAAUUAAUGAUGCUUUAUUACAAAAUACUGAAGCAAAAUGCAUGUCUCCAUACAGUAUUCCAUGCUUCUUGCAAGAAUCUGGAGCGAAUACUGCACCUAGAGAUCCUGACAUAGAUGGUAAUCAGUUGCAACAUAAUGUUGAGGCUCAUUUCACAUCUGGAGAAAUUGUUGCUCCUAUGCUGCAAGAAUAUACAGGGAAUAAUCUACAAAUUCCAGUCUGCUCCAUGAGGCAUAGCGUGGAUCAUACUCAUCACUGCAGAACUGAGGAGAAAAGCAAAUCUAAAUCUUCAUUUUCAGUUGUGAGCAACUUUGAAGAAUCUAGUGAGCUUAUUUUGGAUGGCAAUAAUGGUGUUGAUGAUCCUGUUCCUACUUCCAAAAAAAACUUGGUGGCUUUUGAUGAAAGCUCUGGAUGCUCUAAGUCUGGAGUUUUUGAUGGAACCAUAGUUACUGUGGCAAAGGAAUCUCUUCUAAUGUCUGCAAAGCCUGAAAUGCAUGCUGUUAAUGGGGAUGCAGUGCCUGGAAUUCAUGAGGUGAAAACUGAAUUUGCAGCUGUUGAAAGUGAAACCUAUGCAAAUGAUGAGGAUUCUGAGCCAUAUGCUAUGGUGAAUGCCAGUAGAAUUUUGAAUAUUCCUGAUGGAAAAGAAAGCCAUACUUCUUGUGGGAUUAGCGUAGCUCAUGAUUCUGAUAUAAUCACUAAGUCUAUCUGUCUCACUAAUGACAAUAGUGUUCACGUUUCUGAUGCAAGCUUUGCUCCAGAUGAUUCCAAGUUGCUUGACAAAACAAUUGGAUAUCAUAAUUUGUCUCAUUAUGUUGCCACCGGUAAGCCUCAUCAUGAAAAUCAUGACUCCCUCAAAACCUUGCAUUUAUCUUCUGUUUCUAAGUGUGUUUCUUCUAAUGGUGGGGAUAUGCUGAAAAACUUCCAUGAAACAAACUCUGGUCCAUUGGAACAAAAUCCUUGCGGUUUGGGUGAAAAUUCUGCUCAGCAUCAGAUGUCGGUCAGAGUUGGUGAAACUAAGGGUGCUGCUUGUGAACCAAACAUUUUAUCUUGUGUGAAUAAGAGUUCUGAGGUACCGGGUAAAUCUCAAUAUACUGAUGUGUUUUGUUCUUUGACACCAGAUGCUGGCAUUCAUGUUCUUCAGCCUACUUUAACCAGAUCGAGCGAGGCUGCUGUUGAUGUUCCAUUUGGACCUGACCAAGCUUGUCCUGAAGCUGCAAAUGAUAUUGAUGUUCUAAAAGAUGAGUUAGUUCCUGUCAGUACUUUUCUUGCUGGUGGCCUAAGGUCUGUUCACUGUGCUUCGGAGGUGGUAACAAAGUUAGAUAAUGGCUCUGACUCCAAUAAUGAAUGCUGAUAGGAGCAUUUUGCAAGAUAAUUUCAAAAUUGGCUCUCAUCUAUGUAAUCGCAUGGUAUGUGACUGUUUGCCGGUGGGCUUGAUACCUUUGAGUUUGGGAUUUAUGAGAUGGUUAAUGGACCCAAGCAGGGGAAUUGUCUCGUUUCAGGCUGUGAUUAUUCCAGGUAAUAAUUAGAUAGCAACAGUUAUGCUAUCUUCCAUUGACUUUAUUUAGCAGUUAGAAAUGAAAUUCUACAGUAAUUGUGUACUCUAAGAAUGGAUGGCUCAUUGAAGACAGCAUUUUAUGGUGACUGAUAGCAUUAUCCAUCUCAGUAAUGUUCAAGUUUCUGUUAUAAUUAUUUGCCGUCACUCCUGAGACAUCUUCAAUGGUGCUUCUUGUGCUUCUUUUGCAUAGUGAGCUAAACAAUUUUUUUGAUUGGUGAUUCGCUACAAAUGGAGAUCUGGGUUCAUAUGCUUGUUGGCUGCAAGGCAUUCAAAUAGUAGAUUGCAGUGGAUCAUUGUUUGUCAGGGACUGUGGAAUUUCUAAUUAUUAGUUCUUCUCUUCGAUGUGGAUAAGGUGCAUCUCUUGUUCCCAAUGGCAAUAUCCGCUCAGAUUUGCCUAUUCUAAAGCAUUCAAACUUGUAAUGCCUGUAGAGUGAGAAAAGUUAAUUCUUUCUUAUCCAAGGGUAUGGCCUAGUGAUAUGCGGUGUCCACAUAUAUUUCAUCAAUUAACUAGAUGACUGUAUUAAUCUCAUUUAAACACCAUCCAAAUAUGCAGGGAAUUGAGAGAUGCACUGAUAAAAGUUAGAGAUCUCCAGCACAAACUUUAGCAGCUGUACAGAUUUUAGGACAAUUCUUAGUAAGUGUAGCCAGUACUACGGCACAAGCGUGACUUAAUCUGACAAAAACUGUUGACCAGCUACCUAUAAUGGUUAACUUGCCCAAUUUGGUACGAGGCAGUCAGUUUUGCAGGAACUAAUAUGGCUGCUCAAUUGAGAAAAUCGUGCACGUAAAUUUGCAGAGGAUGAGGUGCUGUUUUAUGUAGAGAUUCUUUACCUAUUUUGUACUUCUUGUACAUAAAUCAACUUGCAACUUUUUGUGUUUCUUAUCAGUCUCCACGGCCAGAAAUUCAAUUGUCAGAACAUCCCUUGUACCAAAAUGGUCAAAGUACCUGUACAUGUGAAUCUUUUGAUAAAGUUCUGUUUAGAUUUGAGCUUGGACUACGAGGACAUGUAAGCAAAUUAGAUCCCGGAAUAUUGCAAUCAGUUGCUGAAGUUCCAGUAAAAUCUUUGGCUGAAA